CUGUGUACUAGAAAUUACUGUUGGCUUCCCUGCUGUGUGACAACAGGAGCUGGGGUGGGGGAAUUUAUCUGAAGAGGUGGAGGAAAGAUUUGGUUUAAAUGUGGUGUGUGAAAACAAGCUGAGGUUACGGAUCUUAUUGCUAAGUUGGAUGAGAAUCGUAGGGGUGUGACUCUAGAUCACACCCACUCAUCUUCCAAUUCAGUCAUCUGAGCUAUGAGAUGACAGUCUCUUAAUAUAGUCAAGUGGGGGGUAUAUAUAGGGUACACAGAGAGCCCUGACUUCAGACCAACCUCUGAACGACUGUCUAGGAAGGUACUCUACAUCAAGAGAAAAACAAACAACCAAACAGACUGAGCAGCUGGAAAUUUCAAGACAAGCACCUUGGAAAAGAAGAAAUUCUGAAGAUCUCUGAUUGUGCUGAACAUUGAGAAUUAGUGCGGAAUUUCUCAUCCAAUCUUAGGAACACAAACAUUAAAGAAUGAUGAAGUACUAUCAGUGUCCAGUCACCCAGACCAUGCGCUAUGAGGGGUGCAACCCAAAUGCCACUAGACCACUAUCAUGCUUUCAUUCACGGCCUUCCAUCAAACCUGUUCGCAAUGUUCACUUUCCCAACGACAUAGUUUUUCAGGAUUAUGUCCGUCAAGGAGAGCUGGAGAGAAUUGGACGCUUCAUUAGAACCAAAAGAGUGAGUCUGGACACCAUCUAUCAUUCAGGCAUGGCAGCCAUUCAUGAAGCAGUCCUAUCUGGAAACCUGGAGUGUGUGAAGCUUCUGGUAAAACUUGGGGCUGACAUCUCCCAGAGGGACGAGGACGGAUGGACUGCCCUCCAUAUGGCCUGUAGUGAUGGCUUUCCAGAAAUAGCUAAGUACUUGCUUUCUUUGGGUGCAGACACUGAGGCUGAAAAUGACUGUGGGGAGAAGCCCAUUGACCUCAUUGACCCAGACAGCAAAGAGUUUCUUGAACUCUUUGGGGUCGGUGGUGCCUGAACUUGCCUGACAUUGAAGUUCUGAUUAUUUUCUUCUGAUAUGGCAGUUGCCACGUUAAAGGGAUAAAGCCAGAAAAGGAGUGAAACAGGCACUGUGUAUGCCAGUGGAGCUGGUAGUUGAGACACCUUGACAGAGUGUCCAUUUAUAAUUGUCUGGUCCUGCACAUUUGGACCAAUGACAGUGAUAGGAUGUGAGUUGCACUUGCCUCUGCAGGAAGGAACUCUUCUAGUGUUGACAAUGCAGUGUGUUCGUGCUGUAUACUAAUGACAGUCACAACAGCUGUUCUGUGUUAAUUUGUUAACGCUUUCUAUUUUGAAACAUGAUUUUUAAGUAGCAGAUCAAUGCACUAAUGAGAGUUUGAUAAAUAGCUCACUGUGAUUGUAUGUGAUUUUUUAAAAUCAAUUUACAUAUAAAAAGUCUUACGGAAAGUCUUAAUUUUAU